CACUUCCCCAACACAAUUCGUGUUCACCGGCGACUCCGGUCUGGGGUAAACUUCAGAGCUCAUCGUGCGCGACGUCGACCACUUCUUUCCCUCCGACCACCAUGUCUACCCCUCCAGAGCACUCUGUGAUUCCCUUGCUCUCCCGAGCGCUACAUCAGAUUCGCUCAACACCACCAAGAGUUAUUGCUUCUCCCGCCACGCGUACGUGCAGAGUUGACCAGCUUCGAUUUCAUACGCGCUGCCGUCGCUUUGAUCAUACGAGUUUCACCACCACCCAAUUUCCCCACCACUUCUAAACAUGCCUCGUCGCUUACCGACUUUUUCCAACUUGAUUGGGUUAAUGCACCUGGCGCUAGACCCGAAAUCUUGUUCUUGAGGAGAGAAAGGCAGGAAAGCAAUACAGAUGGUGGUAGAAUGAGUGGAAGUGGCCCUGGGACCCGUGAGGCCCAUGUUGCUUUUCCAGGUGGACGAACGGAAGAGGGAGACGAGGGUGGCAUGUACACCGCCAUGCGCCAAACUUGGGAAGAGAUCGGUUUGGAUCUCGCUGAAAAUGCCUAUACGCCUAUCGGUCAGCUGGAUGACCGAGAAAUCACGACCUCCCUUGGGAAACGACUUCUGAUGAUUCUUUCGCCUUUUGUGUUUCUACAACUUACCCCACAAACAACACCCGUCGAUCCUGCGCCUGGGACAACCCUACACUGGGUACCCCUCACUGAGUUGCUCCCAGAUAGCAUCACAACUGGUCCCGGUUCGGAAAAGGCACAGCAGUUUCUGCAUGAGCGAAGGCCAAAAUGGUCCAGUGUGACUGUGGACGCUUCUUCGCGACUUGCCCCUCGGCAUUCUACCGUCCUACGUCUUCUUGUCAGACUCCUUGUCGGAAGCAUGAAGUUCCCUGCGAUCGUUAUCGCCACUUCAUAUCCCACCGAUAUACACACGCCUUCCAACCCAUCAGCCGAUGGCAAGGCCAUUGACGAAAAGCGCGCUCUGGUUGAGCAGGGCACUCAACCCGCACUACAUCGGCAAAGUUCAUUCUCGAAGCUACGUCCUCGACACCGGCGAAACGAGCAAUUGAAGCUUUGGGGAUUGUCUUUGGGCAUGACACUCGACCUUCUUGCACACAUGACUCCCCCACCACCUGCUACUCCGGAGGGGACAAGUGGCAUGACUAUGUCAGGUAGAGGUACAUUUGUCCCGCCUGAUGCACAGACAGAGUCUAUGGGUGUCCCUGUGAUGGCACCUAGCCUGACCAGCGUGUUCCCGAGGUUCUCAUAUCCUGAUGUCAAUUUCUGGAUUUGGGUUUUCGGCAAGCGAUAUCGUGAAGUUGUUCGCGGAUGGGAAGCUAGCAUCCGUGCUAGUGGUACCAACGAUAGGAGGAUUAAUUGGACAGGUUCGGCACUCAAUACAUUUUACGCCGCUGUGCGUAAGGCCCUCGUAGUCGUUAUCGUUGUACGGGCUAUCUUUGUUCUCCUCGGUCUAGUUCUCGGCGGGUGGUUCUUGUUCUUCAGGUAGAUGUGUAACGCUCUGUAAUUUGGUUUUCUUUCCUUUGCGUAGGCGGGAUCGGGGACGCUUGAUAAGGACGAUCAGUGUAUUUCGUGACUUGUCUGUAUUUUCUGCUUUGUUUAGAUUCUUUGUUCUUUUAUACAUGAGGAUUUCAGGGUCUUUAUAUUUUGCUGAAAAACUCAUUAAUAAAUUGGUAUUUGGUAUGGCCAUGGCACUAUAGUUUAGUGGUUACAGUAUCACUUGGGAUUCUGAUAUUAAAUUCCCAAAACCCAGGUUUGAGCCCUGGUAGUGCCUUCACCAAAGUCUGC